AUGGCUUCCACCAAGGAGAAGACGGACAUCGUUCCCAACGACACCAGCACCCAGACACAUGAAGGAGAAAUCGCAGAUCUUGUGAAUGCGUCCGGUCACGUCCAAGAGCUCGAUCGCAACUUCAGCUUGCUAGCAGCAGCAGGCGUCGGGCUCGUCGUCGGCAAUGUCUGGCCAGCUCUCGGGGGCUCGAUCCUCGUCGCCAUUUUCAAUGGAGGUCCGCCCGGCGUCAUUUACGAGUUCAUUGUAGUUUCGGUCUUCUACUGGAUAAUUGCGGCUUCCAUUGCUGAAUUGGCUUCCGCCAUCCCCUCCAGUGGCGGUGUCUACCACUGGGCCUCUGUGACCCCUGGAAAGGCAUGGGGUCGUGUGGUCGGGUUCUAUGCUGGUUAUUGGAAUUGGCUGGCAUGGGUGUUUGGUGCAGCGUCCAUGAGCUUCAUCUUUGCCAACACCGUCGUCCAAAUGUAUGGUGUCACGCAUCCCGACUUUGAGGCCAAGCAGUGGCACGUCUUCGUGACAUAUCUUAUCGCCACAUGGAUAGCGUGCGCCUGUGUUUGUCUGUUCAACAGUGCAAUGCCGCACCUGAACACCGUUGGUAUAUUCCUGAUUUUGUGCGGCUUCCUUGUCACCGUCAUCGUCCUAGCCGCGAUGCCGGGCUCAGAUGGGCGCCCUCCUCAUGCUUCGUCCAGUUUUGUCUGGAGCGACUGGACAGCAGAUAUUGGGUAUCCAAACGGAUUCGUGUUCGUGGCAGGCAUGCUUAACGGCGCGUACGCCGUAGGGACUCCGGACGCUGUCAGCCAUAUCGCUGAGGAGAUUCCUUACCCAGGGAAAAAUGUUCCUCUUGCAAUUGCAACUCAGAUGGCAAUUGGCUUCUUCACGGGCCUUUUUUAUCUCAUCGCGCUAAUGUACGCAAUCAGCGAUUACGACGCCUUGUUCGAUUCGGCAUUUCCAGUCGCCGAAAUAUACAGACAAGCCACCGGCUCAUCCGGAGGAGCUAUUGGUCUUCUUUGCUUGUUGCUGUUUUGCGUGGCGGCCUGCAUGGUUGGAGGGUACAUCACCGCAGGUCGCGCGCUCUGGGCGUUGGCGCGAGAUGGUGCAACUCCAUUUCCCCAUCAUAUUGGCAAAGUCUCGACAAAAUUUGGAAUGCCACUCGUUGCCACGCUUGUCUGUGGCUGCAUUGUUACCGUACUAGGCUGCAUCUAUGUGGGUAGUACCACAGCCUUCAAUGCCUUUGUUGGAAGCUUCGUUCUCAUGUCCUCAGCCUCUUACGUUGCAGCCAUCCUUCCCCACGUCCUGACUGGCCGGAAGAACAUCACCUAUGGGCCUUUCCGUCUGGGAAAGCUUGGACUUCCGAUCAACCUGAUUGCGUGUGGGUACAUCAUUGUCUGGUUUGUCAUCUAUUGCUUCCCUUAUAGUCUUCCCACCGACGCCCAAAGUAUGAACUAUUCAUGCGUGAUUUGGGGAGGGUUGACCAUUUUCGUCACUGUCUGGUGGUUUGUGGGAGCCAGAAAAGGCUACGUUGGCCCGAAGAGCACGGGAGGCAUCGAUGCAGAGGUUGAGCACGUCCGAAGAGCCAGUGUGGAGAAACGAGCAGCUGUGUAG